AUGAUACCCCAACAACGCGGCGCAAACGUGCCGCAAAGAACCACUCGGCAGAUUCUACCCCAUGCUAGGCUAUUACCGGCACCUACCCAAUCUCGAUCAAUAGCAGAAGAUGAGUCUGAUCAGCCAUUUCCGCAUUCAGAGUUAGUCUCAAAGAAGAAAUCAACCAAGGAACCGCCACCUUACGGCCAUCGGAAAGGCUGGGUACCAAGAUCUCUUGAGGAUUUCGGCAGCGGAGGAGCUUUUCCUGAAAUUCAUGUGGCGCAGUAUCCUUUAAACAUGGGACGCAAGAAGGCUACUGGGAACGCUUUAGCAAUGCAAGUUGAUGCCGAAGGUCGUGUCAAGUAUGAUUCAAUUAUCAAGCAAGGACAAAGUAAAGACAAGGUUGUCUUUUCAGAAUUUCGCGAUUUAAUUCCAUUACACUUAAAACAGGAAGAUCCGUCUUUAUCGAUGCCAGAUGAAGAAGAAAUUGAAGAGACGACUCAGAAAACACGAGAAGCAUUGGAAAAGAUCAUACAGACCAAAGUUUCUGCAGCAAUGCCUGCCAGGCCUGCUGAAAAACAGGCCCCUGCACAAUACAUUCGAUACACACCUGCUCAGCAAGGACCUGCAUAUAAUUCUGGCGCAAAACAAAGAGUAAUUAGAAUGGUAGAAAUGCAGAAAGAUCCUUUAGAUCCGCCCAAAUUUAAAACAAACAAAAAGAUUCCACGAGGUCCUCCAUCCCCUCCUGCACCUGUUAUGCAUUCACCGCCACGCAAGGUAACCGUUAAAGAGCAGCAAGAGUGGAAAAUUCCGCCGUGUAUAUCCAACUGGAAAAAUCCUAAGGGCUACACAAUACCUUUGGACAAACGACUUGCAGCGGAUGGUCGAGGUGCUCAAGAAGUCAAAAUUAACGAAAAUUUCUCUAAACUGGCGGAUGCCUUAUAUAUAGCUGACAGAAAAGCACGUGAAUCUGUUGAACUUCGCGCCCAAAUGGAAAAGAAAUUAGCCCAGAAAGAAAAGGAAAGAAAAGAAGAAAGUUUAAGACUUCUAGCUCAGAAAGCACGUGAAGAACGAAUUGGCUUGCGAACCCAAGAUUCUGACUUUAGCGAGGAUGCCCGAGAACGUGAUCAGUUACGACACGACAGACACAAAGAACGUGAGCGAGAUAGGAGAAUUGCAAGAGCUGCUCCUGAUAAACGUUCAAAAUUAGAAAGGCAACGUGAUCGAGAUAUUAGUGAGAAAAUUGCUCUUGGAAUGCCCGCCAAUGUAAAAUCUGACGAAGGAAUGUACGAUCAGCGACUCUUUAACCAAGCAGAAGGUGUUGGCUCUGGUUUUGCGGAAGAUGAUGCUUACAAUGUGUAUGAUAAACCCUGGAAGAAAACUUCCGCGUCAUCAAUUUAUAGACCGUCUAAAAAUUUGGAUAAAGACAUAUAUGGUGAUGACCUGGAUUCACUGGUCAAGACGAAACGGUUUGCCGCUGAUACUGAAUUCCAAGGUACAGAUCAUAAUCUACAACGUGAUGGUCCAGUUCAAUUUGAAAAGGAUGAAGAUGAUCCAUUUGGUCUUGACAAGUUCUUGACUGAAGCUAAACAGUCUAAAAGACCCACCGAAGACUCGAAAGACAGUAGGAGUAAAAAGAGCAAAAACUAG